CUGGUCUGCACUGUGGCUUCUCCCACAGACGUUAAAGCUGCCUCUCAGCUCUCUGGAAGAGCCAUCCACAUUUUUGCUGGCAAGCCAGAAAGAAAGGAGCCCUUUCCUACAGCAGAGACAAGGAGCUGAGGCUAUGCAGGUCCCUGCCCUGCUCCUCCUCAUCCUCCCGGUCCUGCUGCCCUCAGCCACUCGUGCCCAGCCCUGCCCCUCAGAGAUGAACAAGAUCAAGGACCUGCUGGAGGUGAACUGCACGGGGCAGGGGCUCAGCUCCGUGCCCCUGGACCUGCCUACGGACACAGGGAUUCUGCUGCUCAGCGCCAACCGCCUCACCUCCCUCUCCACAGCCUCCUUCCUCUCCCUCACCCAGCUGCAGGACCUGGAUCUGUCUGACAACGGGAUGGCGGAUCUGCAAACGGGGGCCCGGCUGCCCUCUCUGAAGGAGCUGCUCCUCUCCCACAACGUCCUGGGCUCCCUGCCCACCCUGCGGGGGCUGCCGCAGCUCACCCGCCUCUCCGUGGCCCACAACAAUUUGGCAACCUUGGCCCCAGGAGCUUUUCGGGCGGUGUCAGGGCUGCAGGACCUGGACCUGCGAGGGAACCGCCUGAGGAGGCUGCCUCAGGACGUCUUCGCGGGGCUGAGGGAACUCAAGGACUUGGACCUCUCGGACAACCUCCUGGAGGAGCUCCCCAGGGAGCUGCUGCAGGAUCUGCAAAAGCUGGAGACCCUCUGGCUCUCAGGGAACCUCCUGCAGACCCUGCCCACCGACUUCUUCCCCGAGGGCCAUUUCUUUGCCUACGUCUUCCUCACGGAGAAUCCCUGGAACUGCGACUGUGACCUCCGCUACCUGAGGAGCUGGAUCCAGCGGAACUCCGACAGCGUCUACCAGCCGGAGCGGGGCCUGGAGAAGACCAAGGUGGAGGUUGCCCCUGAGAAAGUGCUGUGCCACAGCCCCCCUGAGCACCGGCACAGGCCCAUUAUCAAAUUCAAGCCCAAUUGCGGCAACGUGGGGGACACAGACGAGGAUGAAGAGUACGAUUAUGAUCAGGGGGAGGAAGCUAUGGAGAAACCUCCCGUCAUCACCUUCCUCUCCACACAUCCAACCACCCCCAAAGAGCACACUACUGUGCACCAUGCUGUUACGUGGCCUCCCCUGGCUACCACAAGACCUCCUCUCAGCAGCCCUGGUAGCUCCACCCUUGCCUCCAGCACUUCUCUUGCAAUUCCUGCAAGCAGCAGAGCUCCCAGCACCCCCACUCCUGCUCCAGCCAUUCCCACCAUCCCACCCACUCAGAUAUCUCCCACUACCCCCAUUAUCACUGCUGCUCCUGCAAGCACCCCCCACAGAUCCACCACCCUCACCUCCACCACUUCCCUGCCCACCACUAUCAUCACCACACCUCCCCCCAUGAGCAGCCACCCCAAAACCGCCCGUGCCAUCAGCACCACCAGCACCCAUACCACCCUCAUGGUGUCCACUGGAGCCUUUUCCACCAGCUCCACAGCAGCUCCUUCUACUGCCAUGCUGGAGGCCUCUCCCAGUGUUAGAUCUUCAUCUCCUCCUCUGAUAUCCACCUCACCAAUGGUCCCCACCUCCGUGCUUUCCACACAUGCCCCAACAGAGCCAGCUCCCCUGGAUUCACCUCACUUCUCCCAGCCACCACCUUCCCCUCCGCCUGCACCUCUCCCCCUCUGCCCCUGCUCCACCCCAGGACUGUCCCUGCCACUGCUGCGCUUCCAGGUGGGUGGGAAUGGUCCACAGUGGGGUCAGUGGGUGCUGAGGCAUUGCUGCCUGUUGCACUGGGUGCUCUACCUGGGCUCCCUGGUUCUGCUGGUCCUGAUCGUGAUGGCACUAGCAGGCUGGCUGGUGUGGAUGUGUCUGGUGGGAAGGUCCUCCUGGCACAAGUCCCUGCAGACCCAGGAGGUGCAGUACCCACUGCUGAAGAGGAAGGAGUCAGCAGAGAAGCCCUCAGUGCAACUCAGCAGCUUCCAAAUCCCCCUUCAGCGCCCCAGGUUCUGCACCAUCAAGGAAGUAGAGCUGUACCCUGAGGUCAUUUACUGCACUAUUAAAGACCUGGAGAUACAGCGCCAUCCUCCUGCAAAUUCCUCCUUCUGCACCACAAAGGAGCUGUGGGUUCACCAUAAUAAUCCAAAUGCUUCGUUCCAGUCUUUCUCCAAGAAGCUGCUGGUCCCUGACCUCAGCUCCCUGAGGGCCCCUUCUGCAUACAGCCUGGACAGGGGUGUCGAGGCCAUUGGUGAUGUCAGGGUGAAAUAUGCUGGCAACACUUUGUAAAGGCUUCUGUGCCUUCAGAGGAAGAGAUGGAAGCUCUCUGCUUCCCCUUUCACAGGGGAAAUAUUUGCUUGCCCAGGGGGAAGUCAUCCAGCACCUUCCCCUAGUUUUACUCUCACACACCCUAAGGUUUCUACGUCUGAAACAAUCACUUGGAUACUUUUUGGGGGCAGAAGGUUUCCUAGUGACAGUGACAGUUUGGGGCUGGCACUGCUUGGAUUUAGGGUGUGCGUGGGAAUCAGAGCUUACCUUGCACUGUGUCCCAACUGCUUCUCUUCAAAUGAUGCACACAGAGAUGCACUGUGCUUUCAACUCAGUGCCAAGCUGUUCAUCACAGAAUAAAUAAUAUCUUUGGCUGAA